GUAAAUGUGAUGCAGCCCCUCACAGGUCUGAAACCCAUCACUUUUUGCAGCGCAGGCCACCUUCUUCCACCGACGCACCGUGAAGCUCAAUACCUCCAUCCAUUCAUCCCUCCAUCCAGACCCCAGCCUGGAUGCUCCAGCUCCACAUUUACAUUCUGCACAAAUAUUAUUGCUCCUCAUCCGGGAUGUAACCGGGUUAGUGUUCAUUGCGCACGGUUUUUACGCGUCGGUCUCCCCCCAUGGAGGACUAGUCAGGUCGGGGAUCCACCGCCCUGCAGUCUGCCUGGGAGAGACGGAGCUCCACAUCAGAGGGAGUGCACCCAGCUGGGGGAAGAAAAGGCUCAAAAUGGUCGAUGUUUCGGGCUCCAGAGGCUCCUUUUAUGAACGCGGACGAGGCGCGUCAGCCUGUCUGGGAUGAUGGUGAAACCAUGCGGCUGGGUGGUGCCCCAUAGCCUCCCCUGUCCCUCACCUCCUACCUGAUCUCCUCUCCUCCUCUGUCUCUCCUCUCUCCAUCCCCUCUUGCUUCCUGGUCACCAUGUCGACUACCCUGGAUACAAUGCUGGCCCAUCCUGAUCAGGAGCUAAGCCCAGAGCGACUGGAUGGCUGCGGGGACCCUGGAGACCGCUACAAAGUGGUUCCCUCUGUGGUCUGCUCCAUGUGCUGUCUCUUUGGCAUAAUUUACUGCUUUUUUGGCUAUCGCUGCUUCAAAGCAGUGAUGUUCCUGACGGGCCUGAUGUUUGGCUCCGUUGUCAUCUUCAUGCUCUGCUACAAGGAGCGCGUUCUGGACACCCAGCUGAGCGUGGAGGCCUCGGUGGGCAUCGGCCUUGGCAUCGGCACGCUCUGCGGCCUCGUCACCAUGCUGGUUCGCAGCGUGGGCCUUUUUAUGGUGGGCCUGCUGCUGGGCCUUCUGGUGGCCGUGGCUACCCUGGUAGGCAUGGAGGAGCUGUCCGACAGCCCGCCGCGCUCCGUCUGGGUGCCUCUGGGCGUGCUGCUUGGCCUGGGCAUGCUGUUCGCCGUGCUCACCCUGCAGUGGCAGCGCCUCUUUACCACGCUGUCCACAUCUAUGUUUGGUGCGGCGGUCAUCACUGUGGCUGUGGACUACUUCGUGGAGCUCUUCGCCCUUGUGCUUUACAUGUAUGAGCGACUGAAAGCAGCGCCUGGCAAGCCCGUGUGCUGGCUAACAUGGGUGGUGUUGGGGGUGUGGCCUGCCCUCACUCUGCUGGGUGUCAUAGUGCAGUGGAAGGUGACAGCUGAGGGAUACUCCCAUACAAAGGUCAUCAUCAGCCGGCAGCAGAGGAGAAUGCAGGUGAUGCGGAUUCGUCAACGGGACGACCGCUAUCGUAAGAAGAAAAAGAAGCAGCAGCACGGCUCGUCCUCCACCCAUCAGAACCCGGCCAAACAGCUUCACGCUGAGCCUGCAUACCGACGCAAACCCAACCCGAUCCGCCGCUACGACACAGACGUCCUCUCACCAAGCUACAUCCAGAGUUUCAGGGACCGGCAGGUGCAGGGGCAGCCCUUUCCCAGCCGGCUGGUCGGUGGACCCCACUCUGUGGUGGAUGUUGGCUAUGACUGUGGCUCUACAGCACCACUCACCGGAGCUGCAGGACCUUCACUACGGGUCUGACCACUCCUUCACCUCCCAGAGGCUUGAGCACUACAUUCAAACAGGGAGACACAUGACUGCAACCACAGCCCCACGUGGGUGAAAUUACACCUGUGUUACAGCAAACCACCACUGGGUUUCAUUACAGAGGGUUUAAAGAUUAUCAGGAUUUAGCUACACAGAGGAGGGGAAUUUAUUUAUGGCUGGAUUUUCCUAAAAUGCGACAUGUGUUCAUCUUUUUAUUCGCUCUAUGUUGGUUCAUAAAGCUCCACUCUUUUUGUGGCUUCCUACUGGAGCCCUGGAUGUGUUGCAGAGGUUAGGCUGACCUCAUAUCACUGACUUUCAGUAGAUCCAAAUGCACAAAUGCAUGCACGCACUUGGACAAACACAAACAGCAGCUGCAAUCUGAAGGGUUCGAUGAAGAAUCCCAGAGCAGCCUGCUGUACCUGGCCCCGGCAUUCAUCUCACUGUCUAAAGUCAAACCGAUCAGGGAUCGCAGUUUCAGUGCAAACCUGCCUCAGGUUCAAACACAGGCAUUGUAUGAAAUAUCAGAAUACAACUUGCACUUGUUCUGUGUUCUGUUCUGUGUUGUUUCCAGCACUGUUACUGUUGCUACAGAAGCAACUUGUUCCUCAGCCUGUAGGGAUCUGAAAUGUCCAGCAACCAUCAACUAUAAAUGGAAGUAAGGGCCCUUUUAUGAAAACCAGGAUCUUUUAUUUGCUCUCUGUGCCAUCAGGACAACAAAAGUUCUUCUUAAAAUGAAGAGAGACCUCUUUAAUGUUUCUAAAGGUGGGAAACCCUUUGUCACCCUUGGUGCUGGACGAUUCGCCUCUUUAAGUGUGAACCUGCUCUCCGUUGGCCAGGGAGUCUGUUUUUAAUGGGUGCCUUGCCCCUCCAUGGACUAUACCAUUCAGCGAAGGGAGGGGGGUUACUGGCAGAUCUCCCAUCGGUGGCUUGUUUUUGCAUUAAAUGUGAUCACAGAAGGAUUUUAAGGGGGUAGCCAUGGAGCUACAAUAAGCAGGGUUAAAUGAGUUCUAUUGGCUUGUUGUCCCCACAGAUGCCUGGAUACAAGAGGAGGAUUUAGGUUAAGCUGACAACAAGGAAGCCAUAUUUACACUGGCACUCAGCCGAGAUAUCACACACAUAGAAAAAGAUUUUGAAGGUUUUCAAAAAAGAAACAAAAAUCCCAUAUUUUUCAAUUUCACUCCUGAAAUGCAAAAUGUUCACUCAGCACGUUUAUUUCCAUUGCUAAACAGAGUCUUAUUCACAAGCACAGCUAUAAGACAUGUUUAACUCCUUCCUUUUAGCCACUCAGAUCAGUUGGCUCUGGGGAAACAGAACCAUGUUGCUGCUUUCUGCUGCAAGGCAAUCAGAACUCCUGCCAAAAUCAGAAAAACUAAAUCAGCAAAAGAAAUCCAGUCACGGCUAAGGUCGACUGAAAUCUGACAUUAUACACUGAUUAGAAAAUGUGACCACUGGAGAGCACUUUAAAUAAACACAGCCGGGCUGAGAUGCUGAUGUAAAUGAGGCUCAUAGGGUCUGAAUGAUAAAGUGGACGAGUGGCCAUACAGUCUUGUACUUAAACCAACUAAUCCUUCCAACAUGUGCAUUGAUUUUCUUUAUUUAGGACAAUAUAACAUUUUUGUCACCUGUGAAAAUGUGAAUACUUUGUUAUCUUUGACCUUUGAAAAGGAAAAGCAAGCAAAUUCUGGGUGCAGGGUUAGGGUAUGUGGUACAUUUUUUAAAAUUCAUCUCUGGGAAACAGAAACGCAUGAAUUCACCUCCACCUUUCCCAGUCCACCCUGUGUGGCUCCAUUUUGGCCUCCACCGAACACCCUCCACCCCCUUCAUGUGCAUCAAUGUGAAAUUUGUACAUAAAACACAGCACUUACUAACGUUUUUGUUACUUUUAUUAACUUCUUUUUCAUUUUGUUAGAAAUCUAAUUUAAUUGAGACAUGUUCUUUUCCUGUGGGAUGUAUUUAUUCGCUGAUUUAUUUAUUUUUGAGACGUUCUGUAAAGGAGAGUGCAAUGUCAUCACUGUAGGCCAGUAACUCCAUGCUUUUUAAAAAAUUGAAUUAUGAUUAUGAUUAUUAAAGCAUGUGUUCUUAUGGGCCUGAUACAA